AUGGUGGGAAUAUUGUCCGCUUACAAGUAUCAGGGAUUGGUCGACGAGGACGAGAUUAGACUUUUAGUAGUUGAACCCGGAAACCAGGACGAAGAUCUACGUUGCAGCCUUGUGCACGCUCGGCUGAGCGAUAGACCGGACUUUGAAGCUAUUAGCUAUACUUGGGGCACCGAUGCACCCAGCAAGCAGAUUCUUCUGGACGGUCAUAUAUUUCCUGUUCGCAACAACAUCUAUCACGCUUUGAAGCGCUAUCGUCAUGCUACGCGACAAAGGAUCCUUUGGGCUGACGCAAUCAGUAUCAAUCAGGAUGAUAUCCCGGAGCGCAGUUCGCAGGUAAAGCUGAUGAAGAAGGUGUACAUGUAUGCGAGCCAUGUCUUGAUAUGGCUUGGCCCUAACUUGGAGCACGACGAUCUUGCGAACGCGGAUGUCCGAGCCCUUGUCGAACGCGAGUCAAAACGCAAUGCAGAUACCGUCACCGCACUCCAGGAGUUCUUCACGCGCUCCUGGUUCUCGCGCAUGUGGAUUUUGCAAGAGCUAGUUGUUGCA